CCUAAGACAGAUGAAAAUAAAUUAUCAGUAUUAUUGUUACAUGGUCAAGCAUUUACGUCUAAUAAUUGGAAGGAAAUAGGUACUAUACAGUUAUUGGGUGUUAGUGGUUAUAAUGUCAUAGCUGUUGAUCUACCAGGAUAUGGAAAGAGUGACUCUAACAAAAUUGAGGGUGAAAAUAAGGGAGAGUUUUUAGGUGAAUUGAUAAAGACAUUGAAAUUGGAGUCACCAGUAAUAGUUAGUCCCUCUAUGAGUGGAAGUUUUGCCUUGCCUUAUUUAUUUAGUGGUGACGUUUCUAUUCGUGCUAGUGGCUUUGUUGCCAUAGCUCCAGUUGAACCGAUAAAUAUAAAGAUAAAUACCCCUCUAGCAAGAGGAUCAGCAGAUGAAAAAUUAGGUAUUGCAAGCGAGGAAAACCUAAAGACAAUACCAAACAAUGCUAUUUACAUCAUUCCUAAUGCAGGACAUGCUUGUUAUAUAAACAAUACAACAUAUUUUCAUAACAUACUUUAUGGUUUUCUUAGGAGCCUUACCAAAUAA